AUGUCCGAAGUUCAAAGCCGAUCGUCUGCGCGCGGCAGAGUAUCCUCCCGCGGUGGCCGUGGUGGCUUCAGCUCCAGAGGUGGUCGUGGUGGAAACAGCAGAUCUGCGAAUGCCGACAACUCAGAUGCUCCCUCAUUCGAGGAGGGCGAGAUUGGGCAAAUGAGAAAGAAGUACUCCGACACUCUACCUACUCUCAAGGAGUUGUUCCCAGACUGGAAGGACGAGGACCUCAUUUUCGCUCUCGAAGACUCGAAUGGCGAACUCGAGGAUGCAAUUGUGCGCAUUACCGAAGGCAACGUGUCUCAGUGGGGUGAGGUCAAGAAGGCCACAGACCGAACUCGAUCCAAGCCUAAGGACGCCCAGCCCACUCAGACCGAGCCUACUUCAGCUUCCGCUCGAGGCGGACGUGGUCGCGGUGGAUUCGAAAGCCGUGGACGUGCCCGUGGAGAUCGGGGUCGUGGCGGUCGUGGUGGUCGCGCAGGUGCCCAGACUGCAAAUGGAACUCGCACAACUACCACCGCUACAGAGCCCGCAGCAACUGUCCCGUCGACGGAGCCCGUGGCUCCAAAGGUGGGAGAAGAGGAACAACCUACAGCUGGUGAGACCACACAGUCGGCCGAGGCGAAACCCAUUCCUGUGCCUGCGCCCGCCGCCGAAAAGCCCGCCGAGCCCCUCGCCGAGCAAAAGGCUCCCGAAUCCGCUCCCGUCCCUGUCCCCGUCCCUGCCGCCACCCAGAAGACCCCCGUUGCGAAGCCUGCGGCACCCGCUAUCCCUGCCAUCCCCAUUGCCGCCCCGAAGGUGCCCACCGACGACUUGACCGAAACAAACCUCGAACAAAUCCCCGAUGUAUCUGCCCCUGCCCCUACCGCGACUGCUGCCAGCACAGUUGGCAGCGCUCUCGACCCGUCUUUGGCUGCAAACGUUACGCCCUCUCGCGCUCCUCAAUCUGGUCUUCCCGGUAGUACAUUGAAGCAUGGUCGUACUCCUGGCUUCCAGCGCCGUGUUAUGGAGCAGCAACAGGCUGUGGUUAUGCCCGGUAACCAUGCUGUGGACCGUGCCGCUGUUCAGUUCGGCAGCAUGGGCCUGAAUGGUGAUGCCGUGGAUAUUGACGAGAACCGCGAGGAGGCCGAGACCCGUGCUCAACCUCCUCAACACUCGCCUGUCGCUCCUCGGGCUUCUUUGCCUCCUUCAAACCAGGGAGCUGGUGAGACAACUGGCGCCGCUCGCCCCGCACCUGGCCUUCCUCCUGUUCCUCAAGCCUCUGCCGCCGAGUCUUUCGGCGACUUCUCGCGCUUCCCGGAUCCCUUCAGCCAGCCCCAGCAACAGAUCCAAGAGCCUUUUGCUAACCAGGCUCCUGCUCAACCUGCUGCCACCACUGGCGCCGAUUACUCUUCCUUUUACGCCUCCGACCAGCGGUUCCCUUACUACAACAACUAUGGCAACUAUGGUCAAACUCAGGAUGCCGGUGCCCGGGCGGGUGCUGGUGCUGGUGCUGGAUUCGGUUUCCCACUACUCAACCCCCCCGGCCGCUACGGCCCCGUUGAUGCGACCAACAGUGGCCACAACACCCCUAACCCGACUCUGCCUGCCACCACCCAGACUCCUCAGCAGAUGCCAGGCCAGGCCGCACAUGGCUAUGGCUACAACUACCCCUACUACCAAAACAACCCUCAUUACGCUUCGUACAUGAACCAGAUGAACCAGCAGCACCAGUACGGCCGCAACCGCCCAAUGUAUGAUGACGCCCGCCGCUACGAGGAGCAGCAGCAGCAGCAGCAACAACAGCAGCAGCAACAGCAGCACUACGGUAUGCCGCACAACAACCAGUAUGGUUACGGCAGCCAGCAGUAUGGCCCCUAUGGUGGCAAGGGUGGCAUGUAUGGACAGCCCCACGCCUUCUCCUACGACCAUUCCUCCCCUGCAAACGCUGGUUCCUUCAACCAGGGCAUGCCUGCUCGUGACUCUGUCUAUGGCCGCACCGGCUCGGCCCAACCCUCCGACACCCAGCAAUCUGCCACCGGCUCCAACGCUUUCGGCUCCGGGAUGUCUGAUGUCUUCGCGCAGCCCCAGGCCGGAUUUGGCCGCACCGCUCCUGUCGCCCAGCAGCCCCCUGUGAGCACUGAGGAGACCAAGGGCUUCGAUGCCUCCAAGACUGGUGGGCCCAGCCCGUCUCUUGCCCAGGCAAACCGCCCCGGAUCCGCUACCAACAGCGCCCCUGGUCAGCCCCAGGCUCAGACCGGUCUUCCCCCGCUGCAGGGACAGCAGGGACAGCAGGCGUUCGGCAACUACCCUAACCUGAACCCCCAGUAUGGUGGACUUGGUGGCCUUGGUGGUCACCAGGGUGCGGCUUCCCAGACUCACCAAGCUUCCGGCUACGGCAACUAUGGCGCAGGUUUCAGUAACUACUACGGAAACAGCAACCGCGGUGGCUGGGGUGGUAACUAUGGCCACUAA